AUGCAAUAGUGGAUUUAAAUGAAUACAUCAACAUAUUUUUGUGAAAGUUGUCCAAGUAAUUGUAAAGUGUGUAGUACUUCAACUAUAUGUACUUAGUGUAAUGAUACUUAUUGGUUAAAUGGCAACUCGUGCAGUCCAUGUACAAAACCAUGUUUAAAUUGUUCAAUGAAUGAUAGUAAUUGUAGUACUUGUGUUGAUACUGCAAAACAAACACCAUCUUUAUGUAAUUGUGCAUCAGGUUAUAUAAUUAAUACUGCAAAUUACUUAUGCGUUUAAUGUUAAUUUCCAUGUGCUACUUGUUAAACAACAGUAAAUUAUUGCUAAACAUGUGCAAUAACAUAUACAAUUGAUUUAAGUACUCAUACAUGUUCAUGAUUAAAUACUCAAUUUGAAUUAAAUGGUAUAGUUAUUAUUAAUUAAACAGAUAUAAUCAAUCAAUUAAAGAUAGAAUAUACAACUAAAACAUGUCAAAAUUGUGCAAGUCCAUGUUAAACUUGUACAUCAUCUGCAACUAAUUGUGGUUCUUGCUUAGAUGGGUUGCAUAGACACAUAUCAACUAAUUAAUGUGUUUGUGAUGAUGGGUAUUACGAAAAUAGUACUUGUUAACCAUGUUAAUCACCAUGUAUUAAUUGUACUUCAUUAUCAGUAUGUACAUCAUGUAAAGAUCCUACUUAUCAAUCAGGAACAUCUUGCGAAUGUUAGGCAACUUAUUUUAUGAAUGCCUCUUUUAUGUGUUAAAGUUGUGUAGCACCUUGUUAAAAUGUACUUCAUUAUCAGUAUGUACAUCAUGUGUAUCAAAUUAUUACAUAUCUGGAAAUACAUGUAUUUAAUGUACUUCACCAUGUUAUAAUUGUGUUGAUCUUCCUACAAAAUGUACAUCAUGUGUUAAUACAAAUAUAACACCAAUCAAUAACAUAUGUAGUGGUUGUACUGAUGGAUAUUUCAUGGAUUCAUCAUUAAUAUGCCAACCUUGUAUUUAUCCUUGUAUUAAGUGUUAAACAAUAGGUAACUAUUGUUUACAGUGUGCAAUUACAUUUGAAAUGAGUACCACUACUCCAAAUACUUGUGUUUGUCCUAUUCACAAAUAUCUAGUAGUAACUAAUAAUCCUACUGAUUGUCAGUCUUGUACAUGAUACAUGUUCAGGAACAGCAGUUCAUUGUUUAACAUGUAUAGAUACUAAUUAAACUGUUGAUGGAACUAACUAAUGUUAAUGUAAUUCUGGUUUUGUUAUGGAUGGAGUAAACUGUAUAACAUGUCUAAAUCCUUGUUUAGAAUGUUUAGGAAGUGCAAAUUACUGUACUGAAUGCAAAGAUAUACAACAUUAUGAAUCUAAUGGACAAUGUAUUUGUAAUCCUGGUUACAUAAAUGAUAAUAACUAUAAUUGCAUAUUUUGUUAAGAUCCUUGUUUAACUUGCUCAGUAAAUGAUACUCAUUGUGAUAGUUGCACAGAUGCUAAUCAUUAGAUUAAUGCAUCUUUUUAAUGCAUUUGUAAGGACACUUUCUAUUCAAAUGCUAUUGAUACUUGUGCAUCAUGUGUAUAACCAUGUUUAUUAUGUGACAGUAAUGGAUGUUUAACAUGUAUUGAUACUAAUUAAAUAAUAAAUUCUUCUAAGAAUUGCAUUUGUAAACCAGGAUAUUAUGAAGUAGGUUUAUAUUGUUCAUAAUGUGUAAUACCAUGUUAAACAUGUGAAAUUAAUUAAAAUCAUUGUUUAACAUGUAUAGAUACUAAUUAAACUCAAAUCAAUAAUUUAUGUAUAUGCAAUGAUGGAUAUUUUGAUAUCAAUCAUAUUUGCUACCAAUGCUAAUCUCCUUGUGCAAAAUGUUAAUUUUCAAAUGAUCAUUGUCUAUCAUGUUUAGAUUCUAAUCAUGAUUUAAUCAAUAAUAAAUGUGUAUGUAAAUAUGGAUUUGGAUAAUCAGGAACUAAUGGAACAACUUGUUCACUUUGUUAAUUCCCAUGUCUUGAUUGUUCAACAAGUGUGAAUACAUGUCUCUCUUGCAUUGAUACUAGUAUAUUUCACCUUGAUAAUGACAAAUGUUUAUGUUAAUAAGGUUAUUUUCUGUUUGGAACUAAUUGUGUAUAGUGUUCAUCAUAAUGUUCUUCAUGCAUUGAUUAAUCUAAUAAAUGUUUAGUAUGUUCUGAUCCCAAUAAAGUGUUGAAUCAAAAUGCUUGUUUAUGUAAAUAAGGUUAUUUUUUAAAUAAUUUGAUAAUAUGUGAACCAUGUUAACUUCCUUGUCUAACAUGUAUAUCUAAUUAAAAUUAUUGUACAUCUUGUUUUGAUUCAAAAAUACAAUAAGUAAUUGGAGGAUAAUGUAUAUGUAUAGAUGGAUAUUAUAUUUUGGAUAAUAAAUGUGAAAAAUGUAAUCAGAUAUGUAGUAAAUGCAAUUCAUAUAAUGAUUGUACUGAAUGUAUAGAUGGAUAUUAUUAAUAAAAUUAAUAAUGUUUAAAAUGUUAAACACCUUGUUUAUCAUGUUAUGAUGAAUAUACUUGUAAAACAUGCACUGAUAAUUAUACUAUGAAUAAUCUUGGAAUUAAUGUAUUUAAAAUUGCAGAAAUUGCAUUGAUUCAAUUAAUUGUAUUAAUUGUUUUGAUAAAUUUUAUUAUGACAAUUAAUCUUGUAUUCCAUGUUCUGAUAAAUGUUAAACAUGUGAAAAUGAUUCAAAUUAUUGUACUUCUUGUAAAAAUACUAUUCAAGUAUUAAUAGAUAAUUAAUGUUAUUGCAAAGAUGGUUAUUUUGAAGAUGGUUAAGAUUGUAAACCUUGUGAUUAAAUGUGUAAAAUAUGUAAAAGCUUAUUAUUUUGUGAUGAAUGCAUUAAAUAAGAUCAUGUUGUUUUAUUAAUGAAUUUAUGUGUUUGCGAAGAUAAUUAUUAUUUAAAUAAUAAAUAAUGUUAAUUGUGUGAUAAAAAAUGUAGAACUUGUACUUAAAAAUCUGAUAAUUGUUUAAGUUGUAAUUCUUAAAUGAAUAGAUUACAAUAGUAGAGCAAUUGUAUUUGCUAGAAUGGUUAUUUUGAAAAUGAUAAUAAUGAUUGUUGGCCAUGUAAUUCAGAUGAAGGAAAGGUCAUUAAAUAAUGUAAAUACUAAGAUUGUAAUGAUAAAGUGUGGACAUAGGAGGAAGAAUGCGAUGAUGGUAAUAAUGAUUCUAGGGAUGGUUGUACUAAUUGUAAGAUAGAUGAGUAAUAUUCAUGUAUAAAUGUUCUCCUUUAACCAUCAUUUUGCUUCAAAUGCAGUGAAAACUGUUAAGAAUGUUAAAUAAAUGAAUCUAAAAAUUAAUCCGCAUGUAUUAAAUGUCAGCAAGGUUAUUUUUUACUUUAAGAUAUAUGUAUUUAAUGUGCUGAAAAAUGCUUAGAUUGCAAAAUUAGUGCCUCUAAUUGUAUAAGUUGUAAGUACUAAUAAAAUGAAUAAGGAGAAUGUUAAUAAUGCCAAAGUGGUUACUAUUUUAAUUAAAUUAAUAAAAGAUGUUCUUCUAGAUGUGGUGAUUCAUUUAAGACAGUAGAAGAAGAGUGUGAUGAUGGUAACGUAUAAUCAGGAGAUGGAUGUGAUGAACAUUGUAAAAAAGAAAAUAAAUUCGUUUGUAAGGAUGGAAUAUGUAUAAUUCCAGAAUAUCCUGUUCCAAUAUUAUUGAGCUAUGGUGAUACUUAAUUGUAUAAUAAAGUCAGAAGUUUUAAAUUAGAAUAUAAUUUAUUUCUAAAUAUCUCUUAAGAUAGUUUGGUAGAAAAAAUGAUCAAAUUAUUCAUAAAGAAUUAGAUGACUCUAAGUCUUAUUGA